AUGCGUGCCUUUUACCUUCACAAGGACAUCCACCCCUCGGAGCUGCCCUCGACGCUCUCGAGCGACGUCCCCGAGCCAAAGUGCGACCCCGGCUCCACCCAGGUCCUCGUCGACGUCCACUCGGCCGCCCUCAACUUUUUCGACAUCCUCGCCGUCCAGGGCAAGUACCAGAACAAGACCCCGCACCCCUACGUGCCCGGCGUCGAAAUGGCUGGCAUCAUCUCCAAGGACUCGCCCAUCCCCGAGGGCUGCGACUUUGUCCCCGGAAAGACGCGCGUCUUUGGCGCAGUCCAGGGCGCCUACGGCGAAAAGGCAAAGGCCGACUUCUGGCAGCUCAUGGUCGUCCCCGACGGCAUGUCGCUCGAGGCCGCCUCGGGCCUCUUUGUCACCUGGCCCACCUCGUACGCCGCUCUCAAGUUCCGCGCAGACGUGCAGCCGGGAGAGUGGGUCCUCGUCCACGCGGGCGCAGGCGGCGUCGGCAUCUGCGCCAUCCAGAUCGCAAAGGCCAUGGGCGCAAAGGUCAUCGCCACCGCCGGCAGCCCCGACAAGCUCAAGGUUUGCAAGGAAGUCGGAGGCGCAGACUACGCAAUCAGCUACCGCGACAACGACUGGCAGAAGCAGGUCAAGCAGAUCACCGAGGGCCACGGCGUCGACGUCGUCUACGACCCCGUCGGCAUGAUUAUCCCCUCGCUCAAGGUCAUUGCCUGGAACGGCCGCCUGAUUGUCGUUGGCUUUGCGGCGGGUACGAUUGAAAAGAUCCCCGCCAACCUCAUCCUGCUCAAGAACAUCGCCGUCACGGGCUGCCACUGGGGCGCCUACAGCAAAAACGAGGUCGACAAGAUCCCAGAGACGUGGGAAGGCCUCAUGGCCAUGUUUGCCCAGAAGAAGAUCACGCCCACUGUCUUUGAGCACAUCUACGAGGGCCUCGAGAGCAUGCCUCAGGGCCUCAAGGACCUCGGCGACCGCAAGACGUGGGGCAAGGCCAUUGUCCGCAUCCGCGCCGACCCAGAGCACCCGCCCAGGGGCAAGAACAAGCUCUGA